CCUGAUCUUCCACCAUGAACCCGGUUUACAGCCCCGUUCAGCCUGGGGCUCCCUAUGGAAACCCGAAGAACAUGGCAUACACAGGUUACCCAACAGGAUAUCCCACCGCUGCCCCAGCCUACAACCCAAACAUGUAUCCAACCAGCAGCCCCGGCUACGCCCCAGCUACACUUCUGAUGAAGCAAGCCUGGCCACAGACCUCCUCCUCCUGUGCCACAGAGGGCACCUUCCACCUCCCAGUGGACACUGGGACCGAGAACAGAACCUAUCAGGCUUCUUCUGCAGCAUUCAGUAAAUAAACCUUUUCUUCUGGGGUUUUUCUCAGUCGUUUUGUGCUGGAGGGUUUAGUUCUGAUGUUCAGUGACCCUCUGCGAGGCUGCAGAGCAUCUCACGUGGGUGAAAUAUCCAUCCCAGCGUGUCUGCUCUCCUAUCAACACGAGGUUUGGGUGUCGGGAAGUCUUUCUUUUGGAAAAGGGGUGUCCCUGUCAUUCUGUGUAGCAGGGGCUGUAACCCCAACAUGGGAAGUGGGCUCUGCAUCCUAAUUUCAGCGGCCCAAAUGGUGAGGCUUUUUAAAAUGUUGGAGUGUAACUGGUAGAAGCUGAGCUGUCACUCAGCAGUUUUCCCUUGCAGUUCAGCACAUGCCUGGAUGUGAUUUUCCUCCCUGUUGUGCUGCUGCAGUUGAGAUUCCUCCCUUAAAAUCAAGGGGAACAAGAGCUGAGCUGCAGGUACCGCAGUAGGAAAGGAUUUGGGGGAAAAGAGUGGGAUGAAGAAGGUGGUGAGGAGCCUUGGUGGUAAUGAUGGAAGCAAAGGGGUGAGGACAGGAAUGGGGAAAUGGGAAAUGGGGUCCUACAGCCCCUCUUGGCCCUACAGCCCUCAUGGUCCUGCAGCUCCUCAUGGCCCUACAGCCCCUCAUGGCCCUACAGCUCCUCAUGGCCCUACAGCCCCUCAUGACCCUACAUCUCCUCAUGGCCCUACAGCCCCUCAUGAGCCUACAGCCCCUCAUGGCCCUACAGCCCCUCAUGGCCCUAUAGCCCCUCAUGGCCCUACAGCCUUCAUGGCCCUAAAAGCCCUCAUGGCCCUAUAGCCUUCAUGGCCCUAAAAGCCCUCAUGGCCCUACAGCCCCUCAUGGCCCUACAGCCUUCAUGGCCCUAAAAGCCCUCAUGGCCCUAUAGCCCCUCAUGGCCCUACAGCCCCUCAUGGCCCUAUAGCCCCUCAUGGCCCUAUAGCCCCUCGUGGCUCUACAGCCCCUUUUGGCCCUACAGCCCCUCAUGACCCUACAGCCUUUCAUGGCCUUCCAGCUCCUCUGUUUCUGUUACAUGGGAGCUGAUCCCUCCCCCCACCACAACCUCCUUUCAGGAGUUGUAGGGCUAUAAGGUCUCCCCUGAGCUCCACACUGACCCAUCCCAGUUCUCUCAGCCAUUCCCACAGCGCUGUGCUCCAGACCUUAAGAGCUUUCCAUGGGCAUCAUCAGCAAAGCAUCACAUUCCUGCAGUCAUGCUCCUAGGGUGAAUGGUGCAGAACUCAGCACAGAGCUUUCAUCCUCACCUCCCCUCAUUCCCCAUCACCCUUAGGAUAAAAAUUUGUGCAAUUCAGUGCAAUUUUGCACUGUAGGAUCCGUGGGGUUGAGAUUUCUGGGGUGGUGUGAGGCAUUUAAUCAGCAAUUUUAAUAGGAGCUGGAGCUCCUACGCUUGCUAUUGCUUUUUAUUAAAAUCCCAGCCCUCUGUGGAACCACAGCAUGGGCUGGGUGAACUCCUAAUCCUCCUAAGGUUGUCAUAAUCAGGCUUUAAAAUUAGCUGUCAGACAUGCAUGUCUGAGAGGAGCACAAAUCAUUAUGUGACAUUAAAACUUGGCUAUGAGCUGCUUUUCCCUGCAAGCCAGUGUGGAUUGCUCGCUUUUUUCCCCAUUGUUUUAUAAAGAAUGAGGAUUGCACCUGCCUGGGCUGUUGUGUUUAACACCUUUUUUAAUGUAGCAAUUAAAUUGUCAUUGAGCAGUGGGGAAACUGCAGCAAGGUCCAUUCUGCAUUCGGAGUGGGCUGAGGGUUGGGCUUGUGGCCCUGCAGCUCCUCAUGGUCCUACAGCUCCUUGUGGUGGCCUUACAGCUCCUUGUGAUGGCUCUACAACUCCUCAUGGCCCUGCAAAUCCUCAUGGCCCAACAUUUCCUCAUGUCUCUACAGUCCCUCAUGACCCUACAACUCCUCAUGGCCUUACAGCUCCUCAAGGUCCUACAGCUCCUCAUAGUGGCCCUAUGGCUCCUCAUGGCCCCACAUCUGCUCACGGUGGCUCUGCAGCUCCUUGUGAUGGCCUCACAGCCCCUCAUGGCCCUACAGCUCCACAUGGUGUUCCUACAGCUCCUCAUGGCCCUAGUGCUCCUCAUGGUGUCCCUACAGCCCCUCAUGGCUUUAGAGCUCCUCAUGGCCCUGUACCUCCUCAUGGUGGCCCUACAGCUCCUCAUCACUGUACAGCUCCUUGCUGCCCUACAGCUCUUCAUGUUGGUCCUACAACAGGAUGGAGUUCUCCCCAUAGACCCUCCAGCACACAGAAGCUCCAGCACAGGGUUCCCCCUCUCUAUUCCAUUCCGUUCUGCACUCUGCUAUGAGUCUCAGGAAGGGAAUCAGACCCUUUCUGUUUAAUUAACACUUUUAUUCCAAAUCUGCAGCACUCAGAAGGCCGCAAGAUGCUGUUUGCAGUCCCUGGAAAACUCCUUGUUAUCUUCACACUGAGUAUUAGCAAACUUGAAAUCUUGUCCUUCAUUAAUUGCUGUGUUGAGUGCUAAUGGGUUCAUUAUGUCUGAGUGUCGGGGUGUGUUACCACUCUGCUGAGCCUUGAAUUUCUCCUCUCCAUCCUGCUCAGUGUUCGGGACCCAUGGGCCCCAUCUGCCCUCAAAGAUGAUUUAAAACACAGCUUUAAGAAUUCUUGAGGAUUUUCCCCCAAUUUACCGCUGGAGCAUCACAGAAUCAUAGAAUCACCAAGUUGGAAAAGACCUACAAGAUCAUCCAGUCCAACCAUCCACCUACCACCAGUAUUUCACACUAAACCAUGUUAUUCAGUGUUGUCCCACCAGUGGGGUCUGUUCCUUGUAUGGCAUCAACAGAGUGAGUUCCUUCUUGUCCUUCACUGCAAGAGUGACCUCAAAACCACUGAGACUUCAGAAGUAGAAUCACAGAAUCAGAGUCACUGAGGUUGGAAAAACCUCCAAGAGCCUCAAGUGCGACCCCAACCCAACCCCCAUCGAACCCCAACCCAACCCCAACCCAACCCCAACCCA